GCCUCUGCUCUUCUUACAUUUUUAUUCAAUUCCCUACACAAACAAACAAACCCACAAACCCACAUUUCCACGCACACAACAAGUUGUGCAGCUUUUGACUUUCUCUUAACAGACACAGAGAGACAACUGUCUCCUUAAACUAAUCUUCCCGUCCACACUCCCCAUCCUCUCGUAAAACCCUCUCUGCACAUUCUGUGUUUGUUUAAAUGUCUCACAGAAGAAGAACCCCUUCUUUCUCUUCUUCUCUUCUUGACUCCAUCUACCGUUCCAUCGAUGGAGAAUCUUAUGGUCAAGAAGAAGAAGAAGAACAGGAAUUCAAUACUCUUUGUAGAGAAAAAAGUACGGUGAAGGAGGCUACUGCAAUCUCUGCAAUGAAGAGUGGUACUGAAGAUAAAGAGAGGAAGAAUCUUCGGCGAGCGAUGAUGAUCGAAAGUUGGAUGGAUAAGAGGAGUACUAAUUGUGGUUCUGUUGUAUAUUCCACCUCCAGCUCUUCAGAUUCUAGCUCUGGAGGAGGUGUGUUCUCAUCUAGCGAUGCGGAGUCGAGUUAUUAUUGUCGGAGAAAACCAAGAUCAUCGUCUUCAUCCACACAAAGAAUGCAAUUCCAGAACAGAAUUGAUGGAGAUAAUAAGCAGACGAAGCAGAAGCGCGAAGGCGGAGGCGGAGGCGGAGGAUUCACGAAGAAUACUAAACUAAGAGCAUUGAAAAUUUAUGGUGAAUUGAAGAAAGUGAAGCAGCCAAUAUCUCCAGGAGGUCGCAUUGCCAGCUUUUUUACUUCAAUUUUCAGUUCCGGGAAUGCUAAAAAGGUGAAGAUCUGUUCUGAUCAAGCAGCCAUGGAGGAUGUGAGUUUCAAUGAUGAUCAUUGUAAGCCAAAAUCGACAUGUUCAUCAACAACUCCAUUUUCAAGGUCUUGCUUGAGCAAGACGCCAUCUAAACUAACUGAUAACGGCAUGAAGAGGUCGGUGAGAUUCUAUCCUGUGAGUGUCAUUGUGGAUGAGGAUUGCAGGCCUUAUGGUCAGAAAUUUAUCCAUGAACAAGAUGAUCCGAGUUUGCUGCCAAAGAUUGUUAAAAGUUCUGCAGUGAAACAAGAGCUCAUGAAAGGAAUGGAUUACUUGACAAGUUAUCAGAAGAGAAAUGUGGAUGAACUUGAUUGCAGAAGAUUUGGCAACUACAUUGACAAUGAUGCUGAUGGGGAAGACGACGACGACGACGAUGCAGAGAGCUGUUCAAGCUCUGAUCUUUUUGAGCUUGACCAUCUAAUUGGGAUUGGUAGAUACAGAGAGGAGCUUCCAGUGUAUGAAACUACUAAUUUGAAAACUAAUCAAGCCAUUGCCAAUGGCUUCAUCCUGUAAAAUUCAAUGUAAUUAAUGGGGUUUUGGGGGGAUUGAAUUCAAGAAUCAGUUGAGUUAGAUCUUUCCUUUUUCUUUGGAUUAGAUGAUAAUCAACCCUUUUCUGUUUUCUUUAA